GCCUGUCGGCGGGGCGCGAGGGACGCCGGGAAGUCAGGCGGGCGGGAGGCGGCGGGAAGAGCCGGCGGGCCGUGGUACCGGCAGCGGGAGGCGGCAGGAUGGUGAAACUGACGGCAGAGUUGAUCGAGCAGGCGGCUCAGUACACCAACGCCGUGCGGGACCGCGAGCUGGACCUCCGGGGGUAUAAAAUUCCUGUCAUUGAAAAUCUAGGUGCUACCUUAGACCAGUUUGAUGCUAUUGACUUUUCUGACAAUGAAAUCAGGAAACUGGAUGGUUUUCCUUUGUUAAGAAGACUGAAAACAUUAUUAGUAAACAACAAUAGAAUAUGCCGUAUAGGUGAGGGACUUGAUCAGGCUCUACCCUGUCUGACAGAACUCAUUCUCACCAACAAUAGUCUUGUGGAACUGGGUGAUCUGGACCCUUUGGCAUCUCUCAAAUCACUGACUUACCUAAGUAUUCUAAGAAAUCCUGUAACAAAUAAGAAGCAUUACAGACUGUAUGUAAUUUAUAAAGUUCCACAAGUCAGAGUACUGGAUUUCCAGAAGGUGAAACUAAAAGAGCGUCAGGAAGCAGAGAAAAUGUUCAAGGGCAAACGGGGUGCACAACUUGCAAAGGAUAUUGCCAGGAGAAGCAAAACUUUCAACCCAGGUGCUGGUUUGCCAACUGACAAGAAGAAAGGUGGGCCAUCUCCAGGAGAUGUAGAAGCAAUCAAGAAUGCUAUAGCGAAUGCGUCUACCCUGGCUGAAGUGGAGCGGCUGAAGGGCUUGCUGCAGUCCGGGCAGAUACCUGGCAGGGAACGCAGAUCAGGCCCCACUGAUGAUGGAGAAGAGGAGAUGGAAGAAGACACAGUCACAAAUGGGUCCUGAGCAAUGUGGCCUGAGUAUCUGCAGGAUGUGUACUACGCCUCCUUGGGACAAGUCCUGCUUGUUGAACUUGGAAUAAUAGCUUUGUUUGGGUCAGCAAAGUGGAGUUCAUAAGCAUUGUUGAAAUGCUUAAGACUGCUGCUGGUAAUUUUGUAAUAUUAUUAAUUUUGAAAUCUAAAUGCCAGUUUUCUACAAAUAGUAAAAACACAGCGACGUUCACUGUGCUGCCAAGUUGCCUGUCUUGGUGGGGAGGUGCAGUGCAGUGAGGUAUAUGGACGUGUGGAUGUUGGAAAUGCCGGAGGGCGGUGUUUCUGAGUACGCUUCCCAGGCCUCUAUAAAAUGUUUAGAUUUUUAAAUUCUUAAUAAAACUCAGGAUUAUCUGUGUGCUGCCA